AUGCACGGACAGGCACCCAGCGUGUCCAUUAGCCAGAAGCCUCUGCGGCUGCUGCAAGAAGAAAAAAAGGGUUUCGAACGACCUUCUCCCCCUCACCAUCAGGACCCAACGAUACCCGCACCACUCGCCUUUGGCUCCCGAUCUCUCUUGCUGCCCCGCCCGCUCGAAACGACACAGGAAGCAGCUACCGGAGCACCAACCCUACUCUCGCCCGCGCUUGCGCACACCUGGGCACCGCCGCCAACCCUCUUCACAAUGCCGCCCAAGGGCUCCAAGCGCUCGUCCAAGGCGGACGCAGCAGCGGCAGCAUCAGCACCAGAAAACGCCAUGGAAAUUGACGAGCCGUCAUCUUCGCAGCCGAGCGGCAGCAUCGCCAACGACCCUGCGGCUGCCAGCAUCAUUGACCAGUCCAAGUCGUCGGCAGCGGUGGAUGCGCGCCGCCUCGUCGAGAUCCUGCCAGAACGCAUGGGUUCGGUGGCAGAGACCGACUUCCCCCUGCAUCACCCGGGCGAGGCGCACACCUUCUCGCUCGCCACGCUCGGCGAGAGGCUCAAGCUCAUCAUCACACGCCUGUCGGACGCCUCGUGCGAGUUCGACCUGAUCGGGGUGGACGCGUCGAUCGCCAACGCCAUCCGGCGCGUGCUGAUGGCCGAGGUGCCCACGGUGGCGAUCGAGCACGUCUACAUCUGGAACAACACAAGUAUCAUCCAGGACGAGGUGCUGUCGCACCGAUUGGGGCUCGUGCCGCUGGCGAUUCAUCCGGACAAGGUGCUCAUGCGCCAGCCGGGCGACGACGCCGACGACAGCAACACGGUGGUCUUCCACCUCAAGGCCAAGUGCGAGCGCAACCGCAACGCGGCACGCGGCGAGACGGAUCCGGACAAGCUGUACAUCGGCCACAACGUCUACUCGGGCGCGCUCGAGUGGGAUCCCAAGGGUGGGCAGGAGGACGACUUUGCCGACGCGCCCCCACGUCCCGUGCACGACCGCAUCCUGAUCGCCAAGCUGCGCCCGGGGCAGGAGCUGGAUCUGGAGCUGCACUGCGAAAAGGGUAUCGGCAAGGACCAUGCCAAGUUUUCGCCGGUGGCUACCGCCACGUACCGCCUGCUGCCGCACAUCCAGCUGCUGCAACCGGUGCCCGCGGCGUUGGUGGACAAGUUCGUCGCAUGCUUCCCGCCCGGCGUCAUCGGCGUGAGCGGCGAGGGCGACGAGCGCAAGGUGUUUGUGCAGGAUGCCAGGAAGGACACCAUCAGCAGAGAGGUUUUCAGGCACGACGAGUUCGAGAACACUGUCAAGCUCGGUCGCGUCCGAGACCAUUUCCUGUUUGAUCUGGAGAGCACAGGUGUGAUCCCGCCCGAGCGUCUGCUGCCGGAAGCCAUCCGUACGCUGCGCGCCAAAAUCGCCACGCUCCGCAAGGGGCUCGACCAUCUAGAAACCCAGGGGCUGGACACGGCCAUUGUCGAUGCCUAA